AUGCCUCGUAAUCAAGGGAAGCUCAAGAUCCGAAGGAUCGUCCAGAACGCCGCGCGGAACGCGACGUUCCGGAAGCGCCGCGCCACGCUGCUGGAGAAGGCCAAGGAGCUCUCCAUCCUCUGCAAAAUCCCUGUGGCCAUGGUAGUGUACGGCCCCGUUAACGCCCAGCCGGCGUUGUGGCCGGAGGAGCUUGACGUGGCCAAGAAGAUCACGCAGAAGUAUUUAGAGCUGCCUGAGGCCUCCAAGGAGACGCACAGGCUGGACAACGAGGGCUUCCUGCGCCAGGCCUUGAAGAAGAUGGGGAAACGGUUCGAGAGCUACAAGGCCACCGCCCGCCAGCUCGAGGUCAACCUCAUCCUCAACGACAUCAGCCUCGGCCGCAGCAGCAACCUCGACGACCUGGCCCCCGAGCUCGCCGCCGCCGUCAGGUCGGAGGUGGACAUGCUCAGGAGCUCCGUCUAUGAGCGCCUGAACAGGCUCACCUCGGCCGCAACGGUGGUCGUUCCGCCGCCGCUCGCACUGGAAGAAGCUGUGGCGGCGGUGCUUGUGUCGUCACAGCAGGAGCCACUGAUGGUGGCGCCACUUGCUAUGGCGCCACCGAUGGUGGCGAACGCGCCACUGUUUGUGCAGCAGCCGCCGCCGCUGGAACCCGAGCUGCUGCAACUGCCACCGCAUGAUCCCCUGAUGGCACCGUCGCAGGACCCACUGAUGGUGCCACUGUUUUCGAUGGCGCCGCCAAUGGUACCUGACGUGCCAGUGUUGUCAAGAAGGUGUUGGAGAAGCAUGACGUGCGGUUAA